AUGAAUGACGUCGAAGACGGUGACGGCGUUGUUUCUUGUUUUAAGCGGAAUAAAAUUGCACUUUUGGUCCUCAAACCUGAAUCUUUAUCGAUAUUAACGGCGGCGGCUGCUCCGGCUAGCCACCGAUUAUCGUUUUACACCACGACUGAGGAUCUUAAGAAACUAUUCACACCAUUUGGUCGGAUAACCCAAGCUAGGCUCAUCCUAGACCCACGCACCCAAAGACCUAAAGGGUUUGGAUUUGUGAGGUUUGAAUCUGAAAUUGAGGCCCAAAAUGCUGUAAAGGCCAUAAAUGGAAGGUUUUCCCCCCUGAAGUUCUCGUCAACCAGUUCAAUAUUAUCAUCACCAGCACUGUCGGCAAAGAAAAAGCAGUGUCCGGGGAGGAUUAGAGCCAGUUUCAUCCCGGAGUCAGGAAUGUCCAUGUCUCAAAAAUUGACCUUAGGCUAUGCUGUAUUGGUUGGAGCAGGUGGACUGAUGGGCUCUCUGAAAAGUGGCAGCCAGAUGUCAUUACUUUCUGGUGGAAUGUCAGCCUCAAUCUUGUUUUAUAUCUACACAAUCCUUCCCACGAAUCCUGUUCUGGCCUCAUCCCUUGGUCUUGCCCUGGCCGUUGCUCUUACAGCAGUGAUGGGUUCUCGCUUUAAGAAGACGGGCAAGAUUUUUCCUGCUGGUUUGGUGUGCUUAAUAUCCUUUGUCAUGAGCUGUGGCUAUUUGCAUGGAGUUCUACAUAGUCUUCAUUAA